UUUUCAGAUAAAUGGAUUAUCCUGAGAAAAGAGUUGAAAUUAGAGAAAAGAAAACGGCUCAACGGCCGUUUUUAAAAGCCCGAGAUACUCCUCCAAUUGGAAUUGCUCUUUUAUAUGGACUCCAGCAAGUUAUGGUUUGUGUGUCUGCACUUUUAACAGUACCUCUUAUUAUGGCUGAUUCAAUGUGCCCGGGAUCGAGUAUUGCGGUUCUACGACAGACACUCAUCAGUUCGACAUUUGUGAGCAGUGGCAUUUCUACAAUAAUUCAGACACUUUUUGGAAUGAGGCUGGCUCUUUUGCAAGGAACGGCUUUUGCAUAUGUUCCUUCUGUUCAAGGGUUUAUGAGUCUUCCUGAAAAUACUUGUAAUGCUACGGAAAGUGACUAUGUUCCUGAAGAGGUUUAUUACGGGAAACUCGCACUUCUUCAAGGAUGCCUCAUCGCUUCAUCGUUUGUACCCAUUCUCAUUGGAGCUACUGGUCUAGUCGGAAUGCUGACCAAAUUUAUUGGGCCACUCACAGUAUCCCCUCUUAUGCUUCUUCUUGCUUUCAGUCAAGUUGAUUUAAUGGUAACUCAUAUCAGUAAGCAUUGGGUCGCCAUAGUACAAGCUGUUACUUUGUUUGCAACAAUUCUUUAUCUAGCGGAAGUCAAAGUUCCUGUUCCUGGAAUAAAAAAUGGAAAAUUUCAUUGGUAUCGAAUCAAUCUUUUUGGACAAUAUCCAUACCUAAUUGCUAUCUGUACCUCAUGGAUCUUCUGUGUUGCUCUUACAAUUUUCAACCUAACACCGGAAGGAAGUGCUGCUCGUGUCGACAAGAACAUUUCUCUUGCAGUUAUCAGAGAAUCUUCAUGGCUUGAAGUACCGUAUCCGGGGAAGUUCGGGCCCCCUCAGUUUAACACUGGUCUUUUCCUAUUAUUUUUGCUCUCUGCAAUGACAUCAGUUUUCGAGUCAGUUGGAGAUUAUCAUGCAGCGGCAAGAGUUUCGGAAGAACGUCCCCCACCGAGUCACGCAAUAAAUAGAGGCAUAUUGGCUGAAGGAUUAGGAUCUUUAAUAUCAGGGCUUCUUGGUCCUGGAGUUGGAAUGACUACACAUACUGAAAACAUUGGAGUUAUUGGUGUUACAAGAGUUGCUUCUCGUUGGACUAUGGUUAUGGCUGGAGUUUUUCUUAUUAUCCUUGGACUAAUCACUAAAAUUGGAGCACUUCUCUCAACAAUUCCAGAUCCUCUUGUUGGUGGAGUUCUUGCUUCUUCAAUGGCAAUGGUCGUCGGUGUAGCUGUGUCUAAUCUUCAAACAGUUGACAUGACACUCUCCCGUAACAUGGGAAUUUUUGGAUUUUCCAUGAUGUUUGGUCUCAUUGUGCCAAAAUAUUUCAAGCUCUUUCCAGUAGACACCGAUUGGGGAUGGUUCAAUCAAAUUCUCAACGUAUUACUUCAGAUGCCCAUGUUUGUAGGAGCCCUUUGUGCUUGUAUUUUAGAUAAUUCAAUUGGAGGAGCAACACGCGAACAACGAGGUCUUCGUGCUCGAGGCGAGAUCUAUGCAGGUGGAAUAGACGAAUGUACAUACAGCUAUCCGAAAUGGGUGAUGAAUAUAUUAAACCGUAUACCCGGAGUUCAAUACAUUCCGUGUAUGCCAAAAGAGAAGAAAGGAACGAAUCGAGUUGGCGGGGAAGAAAUUCGUCUCUAGGAUAGUAUUUAUUUAAUUUUUAUGGCUGGUCCUCAUCAGAUGUCUGUUUUUCUUUUCUAUCUUGUCCGUUGAGCCAUUGAAUACUUUAAUAAUUUUGUGUGUGCAUAAAUGAAAUUUUUUUUUGAA